CUUAUCAAAAUGGCCGCUUACUUCGACAUCGUCAUCUUCGGAGCGUCUGGUUUUACAGGCAAGUACGUAGUCAGAGAAGCUCUCAAGUUUCUCAAUGCACCCAAUUCGCCUCUCAAAACCCUCGCUCUAGCCGGUCGGAACUCUUCUAAACUCUCAGAAACACUGAAAUGGGCAUCCACGUCUCACCCCACCAUACCCCUUCUCGUUGCUGACACCUCUGACCCACAUUCUCUCCGCCGCAUGGCUUCCCAAGCUAAGCUCGUUCUCAACUGCGUUGGACCUUUUCGUUAUCACGGUGACCCCGUUGUCGCUGCCUGUGUUGAAGCCGGAUGCGAUUACUUGGAUAUUUGYGGUGAGCCGGAGUUYAUGGAGASGAUGGAAGCYKUUUACCAUGAGAAGGCGGUGGAGAAUGGUAGUUUGGUGAUUUCUGCUUGUGGGUUUGAUUCAGUUCCGGCUGAAUUAGGGUUGUUGUUCAAUUCCCGGCAGUGGGUUUCGCCGUCAGUGCCGAAUCAAGUUGAAGCCUACAUUAGUCCUGAACCACGUGGAAGGAUGGUGGGCAAUUUUGCGACGUAUGAAUCGGCGGUUUUGGGUGUGGCCAACGCUGAUAAGCUAAUGGAGUUGCGACGGUCCAGACCCAGAAAAACCCGACCUCGGAUUCGUGGUCCUGCUCCUCUAGGAGGUUAUGCCAUAGAACACAAGAAAAAGCUCAGACUUUGGGCAGUGAAACUCCCAUCCGCCGAUGUGAGUAUUGUUCGGAGAACACUAUCCAUCCUUACAGACAACCCUAGUGGUCUUCAAGGUGUCAAUGAGGAUCCUAAACAGGCGAACAAACGAGCCAUCUUUUGGUCGUCGAUAAAACCUGCUCAUUUUGGAGUAAAGAUAGCCACCAAGAAUCGUAUGGGUAUCCGCUCAUUAAUCCUAGUUGGGCUAUCAAUUGGACUGCUGAGCAGCUUUCCUACGGGGCGGUGGCUUCUGUUGAAGUUCCCCUCCAUUUUCACUCUUGGGAUCUUCAAGAAGAAAGGUCCAACCGAGGAGGAAGUGACGGGUGGCGGUUUUAAGAUGUGGUUUGUGGGUCAUGGCUUUAGUGAUUCCAAUCUUAUUAAUAAGGGAGAUGCAAAGCCUGAUACAGAAAUCAUUACCAGUAUAACGGGGCCGGAUAUUGGGUACAUGACCACUUCCAUUAUUCUGGUUCAGUGUGCUCUGAUUCUCUUGCAACAGAGAGGAGAUCUUCCAAAAGGCGGCAUAUUUCCUCCAGGAAUCGUUUUUGGGCCAACCAACCUUCAAGAUCGACUGCAGGAGAAUGGGAUUUCGUUCAAUUUGGUUUCAAAGAGUAAUAUCUCUUCUACAUAAAUGGUGUACUCAUUUGGCUUCCAUAUAUCUAAUUAGCAAUAAAGAGAGGUAAAAGACACUACCUUCUUUUGUGUUUGCCAAUUA